UUGAAAAGAUAUAUAAACUACACGUCCUUUGCUCUAAAUUUUUCAUUAACCAACCCACACAAACACAUUCCCACUUUCAACUCCUACUACUGUAAAUUCUUUUGAACACCAUGUCUGACAAAGCCCGUGAAUCUUUUGGUGACAAGACCAAGGCUGCAAUUGUGCCUGACUCCCAAAAGAGUGGUACCACGCAAGCUAAAGACACCGUAAAGGGAAAGGCAGACUCCGCAGCAUCGACUGUUCAACCCCAGAGCGAGAAAUCCACCACGCAGAAGGUUGGUGACACGUUCAGCAGCAACUCGAAUGAGAACGACCAAUCUCUACUCGACAAGACCAAGGAUACUCUCGGCUUGAACAAGUAGUCUCAUCACCGUCAUUUUCGUGGAC